ACUACUUGUACUGUACUACGACCGACCUUCUUGUGACUCUCUCUCUCUCUUUCUCCUCCUCUUCCUCCUCCUCCUACUCGAACCUCUCUCCCUCCAUCUCUCCCUCCGUGUCGCGCCUCACCACUCGUGGCACCGAGCCAAGAGGCCCGUCCGCCACACUUCCCAUUCUGCCUCGUUUCCCCCAGCAGACCAAUCGACUUGGGGAGCACUCGACGACGACAACGACGACGACAUGGCCACCGAUGGCGGUCCAUACGCGCCCUAUGCGCCCAGCUACAGUUGGAUCGGCGCUCCAACGACUUUCAACGGCACCAACGAAGACACUGGCGGUGACAGCUCCACCGAAAAUCUGAACCAGUGGUUUUCUCCUGGUGACACUGCCUACAUUAUCGUGGCCUCGGCCAUGGUCAUGGUCAUGGUGCCCGGACUCGGUUUCCUCUACUCCGGGUUGGCACGACGAAAGUCGGCUCUCAGCAUGAUCUUUGCCUGUCUCGGCUCAUACUCGAUCAUGACCUUUCAAUGGUACUUUUGGGGCUACUCGCUCGCUUUCAGCCGAUACGCCACCGACAAUCCGUUUAUUGGUAACCUGAAACAAUUCGGUCUCAUGAACACUCUGGGCUACCCUUCGCAGGGCAGUGUCCUGAUUCCCGAUCUGUUGUACUCCUUCUACCAGCUGCAGUUCGCCGCUGUCACCGCUGCCAUUAUCAUGGGUGCCAUUGCCGAGCGCGGCCGCAUCAUGCCUGCAAUGAUUUUCAUCUUCUGCUGGGCCACCAUCGUGUACUGCCCGAUUGCCUACUGGGUGUGGAAUGCCAACGGGUGGGCCUUCAAGUGGGGAGUGCUCGACUACGCCGGAGGUGGUCCGGUCGAAAUUGCCUCGGGUAUGUCUGCACUCGCCUACUCCAUGGUUCUCGGUAGACGCCAGGAGAAGAUGAUGCUCAACUUCCGUCCCCACAACGUCUCGCUCAUCACUCUCGGCACCGUCUUCCUCUGGUUCGGCUGGCUCGGAUUCAACGGUGGCUCGGCCUUUGGCGCCAACCUCCGUGCCGUCUACGCAUGCUGGAACAGCACCAUCACCGCUAUGUUCGGUGCCAUGACCUGGGUGCUCCUCGACUGGCGCCUCGCUCGCAAGUGGUCCAUGGUUGGUUGGUGCUCAGGUGCCAUUUCCGGACUCGUCGCUGCCACCCCGGCCUCGGGUUUCAUCCCUCUCUGGGCAUCCGUCGUGCUCGGUAUCUCGACGGGAGUCGUCUGCAAUUUCGCCACCAAGAUCAAGUACUGGAUCAAGAUUGAUGAUUCCAUGGAUGUCUUCGCCGAGCACGGCGUCGCCGGCAUGGUCGGUCUCUUCUUCAACGGUGUCUUUGCCGCAACCUACGUCAUUGGCCUCGACGGUGUCAGCACGGGUGCCUUCGCUGGUGGUUGGAUUCACCGCAACUGGAUCCAGCUCGGACAGCAAGUCGCAUACAUUUCCGCGACGACCGCCUGGUCGUUUGUGGUCAGCGCCAUCAUCGCCUACGCCAUCAACUUUAUUCCAGGUCUCAAACUGCGCGGCUCUGACGAGGCCGAGCUGUUGGGCAUGGACGACGAUCAACUCGGCGAGUUUGCAUACGACUACGUCGAGGUGCGUCGUGAUUACCUCGCAUGGACGCCCACCCACGGCGACAUGGAUAAGGGCGAAGUCGAAGUGCCCCAGGGCGAACGACAUGGCAUUCAAGGUCACAGCGACAUGCUCGAGGGCCGAGACCCCAACUCGAGCCAAGACAGCAGCGACGGCACAGCACACACGGGAAUUGGUGGAGACCGUCAUGGCAUAGCAUAUGAGAAGGUGGAGAAGGAUAACCGCGAGAUUCAGAAUGGCGGUCACUAGAGGACUCCCAUUCUUGCGCACGCCUCUUCUUUUUUCUUCUACCGUACUGUAAUUUUUUUUUUCCUCUCUCUUUCGCGUCAAUUAGAUGAUGCCCAGACUAGAAAGAAGGACAAAGUACCUUUUCUUUCUUGGAGAUGAUGAUACCACAGGACAGGACACAUAAAAUCUGUCAAAGCGGCCUUUUUUUCUUUUCUUCAAUGUACGAAAUUGAAAAAUCAAAUAUACCCC